UCCAGUAAUCAGAAAAGUAAAAUAUGGUUGAUCCGAACUGUAAAUUAAGCUGGGCAAUCGGCAAAAAGACGGUGCUCUGUGUGGGAUCAACAAACGUUGACUGCAUCUUGAUGGUGAAACGCUUUCCCAAACCAAAUGUGCCCGAACAGAGUACAAAUGCCUACUGGACGAGGGGUGGCAUGGCCGCCAAUAUUUGCACCGUUCUGAGGAAUUUGGGCGUGAGUGUUGAGUUCUUUGGAGUGUUGAGCUCGUCGCCAAUGUUUAGUCUACUGAUGGAUGAUAUGCGGAUGCGGGGUAUCAACACAGAUAACUGUCCGCGUUGCCAGCAGGAGCCGCCUUUUUCGUCAUUGCUAAUAAAUGAGUCGACUGGGUCAUGUACGGUUGUCAACUGCAAUAAUUCGUUUCCCUACCCAACUUUGGAAGAUUUUCAAAAGCUCGAUCUGAGCAAAUACGGCUGGAUACAUUUCCGAUGCCGUCAACCGGAAGUCACCAUUGAAAUGAUGAAGUCUGUGGAGGCCUACAAUGCAACGCAAAUGAACAAAAUUGUAAUUUCAAUGGACUUUGAUACAUUGCUACACGAAAAUUGGAAACUGGUCAACUACUGCGAAUAUGUCUUCUUCUAUAGGGAAGUCGCCAAGGAGCUCAAGUGGAAGACACUUAAGGAGGCGUGUUUUAACAUUGAUGAACUCCUUCGUAUGCGCUUCGGCAUAAAUCUAAAGCGUCCGUUUAUUAUCUUCCGAUGGGACCUCAAACAUACUGGACUAAUGGAUACCGACAGCAAGUACUCCGUGGCACCCGCCUACAGGCCCAAGGUAUUUAGGGAUAGUCGUGGCAUCGGUCAAGUCUUCAUUGGAGCCUUCAUUUAUGCCAUUUAUGUGAGAGGACGCACCGAAGCAAUUGCCGCCGACUUUGCCAGUCGCAUGGCCACCUACAAAUGCAUCAAAAUUGGCUUUGAUCACAUUGCUGAUAUCUUGGAAGCACCUAGAAUGUAAAUAUAUCCAUAUUUUCCAUGACGUACCAAUAAAUUUAAAUAGACCAGUCA